UCUCUGCUGCUUCGGCUACGCGUGCGUAAGUCGCUCAAGAAAGCUUCUUCACCUCGUCGGACGACGACGUUGUUGCUGUCGUAACGAUCUUUCUCCUCCUUCGCGCGCUUCCUCGGCCUCCGUAAAUCCGCCGAUCAACCUGAGUUAGUUAAUCCGGCAACUAAACUUUGAAUUAGCCAUGAAAUCGAAACGUUCGCUGCUUGAGCCUGAGAAAACUCCGUCGAAGCGCUCUUCCGUCGCUCCGGCCACCCCUAACCCCUCUGAGACAAGGAAGAAGCGGAGAAACGCCAAGAAGCGGUCGUACUACAAGAAAUUGGCUUACGAUGGCGGGGUGUUCGAGGUCGGGGACGAUGUUUAUGUUAAGAGGAGGGAUGAUGCAGAAUCCGAUGAGGAUGAUCCUGAGGCGGAGGAGUGCCGGAUCUGCUUUGAGAUUGGGUCAUCUAUAAUGAUCGAGUGCGACGAUUGCUUGGGUGGGUUUCAUCUUCGAUGCCUGAAGCCGCCUUUGCGGAAAGUUCCCGAAGGGGACUGGAUUUGUGAAUUUUGCAAGGCGAGGAAGUUGGGGAAGAAGGUGAAAUUGCCGAGGCCAUCAGAUGGGAAGAAGCUAAGGAGGACUGCAAGGGAGAAGCUGCUCUCUAGCGAUCUAUGGGCUGCGAGAAUUGAAAGUUUGUGGAAAGAACCGGAUGGUACCUACUGGUUAAAGUGUCGUUGGUAUGUAAUCCCAGAGGAGACUACAGCAGGUAGACAACCUCACAAUUUACGGAGGGAACUUUAUCUCACCAACCAUCUCAGUGAUAUUGAGAUGGAGUCUGUCCUCAGGCAUUGCUAUGUCAUGAACCCUAGAGAAUUUGCCGAGGCAAACAAUGAGGGGGAUGAUGUAUUCUAUUGUGAAUAUGAAUAUGAUGUUCGCUGGCACAGUUUCAAGCGUCUUGCUGAAGUUGCUGAUACUGACAAUGAUGAAGAGGCUGGAAAUGAUGAAGAUUGGAAAUACUCUAAUGAUUCAGAUUGUGAUAGUGAAGAUGAUUCGGAUUUUGAUGAUGACACAGUGGGAAAAUUCUCUUGUCAUGACACUCCAACUCAUGAAUUAGCUGCAAAUUCACGUAGGGGGAGGAUAUUUGGUCUUCACAAGAUAGGAUUGAAGAAAAUUCCAGAACAUGUGAGGCUUCACAAGCCUACUGACUUGGAACGGGCGAAAUCGAUGCUAUUGCUAACAGCUUUGCCCAAGACACUACCUUGCAGAACUAAGGAAAUGGAGGAGAUUACUUUAUUUAUCAAAGGUGCCAUUUGCGAAGACCAUUGUUUAGGCCGCUGUCUUUAUAUUCAUGGUGUUCCUGGAACUGGCAAGACUAUGACUGUACUUACAGUCUUGAAAAACCUUAGGACUGAAGUUGAUGCUGGAAAAAUGAGGCCGUACUGCUUUGUUGAGGUUAAUGGUCUGAAAUUGUCCUCACCUGAGAAUAUUUACAGGGUUAUUUAUGAAGCUCUGAGUGGGCAUAGAGUUGGAUGGAAGAAAGCUCUUAACAUUCUCAAUGAGCUAUUCUCUGAGGGAACCAAAAUUGGCAAGGAAGAAAACCGACCUUGUGUUCUGCUUAUAGAUGAACUUGAUCUUUUAUUAACCAGAAAUCAAUCGGUGUUGUAUAACAUUUUUGACUGGCCUACCAAACCAGACUCAAAGCUGAUUGUUAUAGGGAUAGCAAACACUAUGGAUCUUCCAGAGAAGUUCCUUCCAAGAAUCUCAAGCCGAAUGGGGAUUCAGAGGCUGUGUUUUGGUCCUUACAAUUAUCAGCAACUUCAGGAAAUCAUAGAAAGUCGUCUUAAAGGCAUUGAUGCAUUUGAAGAACAAGCUAUUGAAUUUGCAUCAAGAAAGGUUGCAGCCAUGUCUGGUGAUGCUAGGCGAGCCUUGGAAAUAUGCAGACGAGCAGCUGAGGCAGCAGACUAUCGACUCAAGCAGAUGGAAAAAUCUUCUAAGUCUACUUUAAGACAGUCUUUGCCUCAAGGGAAACAUCUUGUUGGUAUGAAUGAUAUUGAAGCUGCUGUACAUGAUGUAUUUCAAGCACCGCAUAUUCAGGUAAUGAAAACUUCUUCAAGAUUGAGUAAAAUUAUGUUGGCAGCUAUGGUCCAUGAACUCUACCGAAGCGGGCUUUGUGAAGUUACAUUUGAAAAGUUGGCAACUACCAUUCGGUCUCUCUGUUCAAGUAACAGGGAAUUACAACCUGGAUGGGAUGACCUCUUGAAAGUUGGUUGCAAGCUUGGCGAGUGCAGAAUCAUUCUUUCUGAAGAAGGUGCAAAGCAUAGGUUGCAAAGAAUGCAGCUCAACUUCCCAAGCGAUGAUGUUGCUUUUGCGCUGAAGGAUUGCCCAGAAAUCCCCUGGCUGUCCAAGUACCUUUGAUUUCAUGGCCUUGGGAAAUGAUGAUAUAUUUCAUGGAAUUCCUUGCAGCGUCGAGAUCACUUUCUAUGAUUAUGGUGAAAUAUCUUCUUCAUACUGAUCACCUGCAUGAAGGGAAUACUACUGAGAUGGAUACCUUCGAAGGUAUGGCUUUCUCGGAGGGCAGCCAAGCUGCAAAUGCAUGAAGAAUGCUCUGUUUAGGUCAGUAAUCUUUCAUUCUGUCAAAGCCACGACAUAUAGUAGCAUUUCAUUGAAAUUUAGGUUUAAAAAAAAAAAUUGGUUCUUUCAGAGGAUGAACUAGGUAUAUAUAUUCUUUCAGAGGUUACCAUUUCUCUUCUGGCAUUUAUUUAUUAACAAUUAUUUUUUUUUUAAAGUAUGAUGUCAUUUUUUUUUUAUGAUGAAGAAUGUCUUGGAAAUUUAUUUGUGAGGGAAUUAAAAACAAUUCA